GAGUCCCGGCGUGCCUUGCGCGGCAGCCGCCCUGCCGUUCGCCUCCCGCCCGGCCCUGCUCUGCCGGUGGCGGUGCGUGGCACGGCGGAGCUGAGCGGCACCGAGGGGCAGCGGAGCCGGGAGGCGAGGCUGGGACCGGGACUUGAGAGUGGGGACAAGGACUCCACUUAGGCAGCCGCGCCCCUGAUACUGCCGCGCGGUGCCGUCCCAGAUGAGCAGGGCGAGGGCGGACGAGGAGGAGUACUGGCACAGCUCCAAGUUCCGAGCCUUCACCUUCGACGACGAGGAUGAUGAGCUCUCACAGCUAAAAGAAUCUAAACGAGCAGUGAAUAGCCUUCGGGAUAUUGUCGAUGAUGAUGAUGAUGACCUUGAGAGGGUCAGCUGGAGUGGAGAACCCGUGGGAAGUAUCUCCUGGUCAAUUAGAGAGACAGCCUCCAGCAGCAGUAGCUCGUUGGAGGGCCAAGACUCCAGCCUACAGAAGGGCUCUUCCUCCUAUGCUGCUUUUCCCAAACAAGCUUCUUCCUAUUCUCUGAGCAGUCUUUUUAAAGGGCGAAACAAACUUCCAAGUUUCCAGUCCCUCUCAGAUGCCCUCUCUGACACAGGAGUUAAAAACUAUGCCCCAGAGCUGCGCAGACCGAAAGCUGAAUAUAAGGAUUACAGCAGUGACUGGAACCCCAAAGAUACAGUCAUACGAAUGCAGAGGGGCAAGGUCUGCUCUCUAGAGAGAUUCCACUCCCUGCAGGACAAGCUGGUGCUCUUGGAUGAAGCUGUGGCAGGGCAUGAUGGGAAUGUCAUUACAGCUGUCCUGAUAUUCCUGAAGCGGACUCUAAGGAGAGAGAUCUUGUUCCGGGAGCUGGAGGUGCGGCAGGUGGCCUUGUGUCAUCUGAUCUAUUUCCUCAAAGAAACGGGUGAGCAGAAGCUGCUUCUGGAUCUGCUCAGGUUCCUAGACAGAACUGAGGAGGUUGCUCUGUCCCAGUACCGAGAGCAUUUGAACAUCCAGGAUGUGGAAAAAAGGAGGGAAUUUCUGAAAGGCUGCAUUGGGCUGCCAUUUUCAGCUGAGGAUAUCUCCCACAUCCAAGACCAUUACACCCUGUUGGAACGGCAGAUCAUCAUUGAGGCCAACGAUCGACACCUGGAGACGGCUGGGCAGUCGGAGAUAUUUCGGAAGUAUCCUCGCAAGGCUUCGAUUCUCAAUAUGCCACUAGUGACCACCCUCUUCUAUUCCUGCUUCUACCACUACACAGAGGCUGAGGGAAUGUUUAGCAGCCCAACCAACCUGAAGAAAACAUUUAAGAUUCCUGAUAAGCAGUAUGUGCUGACUGCCCUGGCUGCACGUGCCAAACUGCGAGCCUGGGAGGAUGUGGAUGCCCUCUUCACUACCAAGAACUGGCUGGGCUACACCAAGAAGAAGGCACCCAUUGGCUUCCACCGAGUGGUAGAGAUCUUGCAGAGGAACAAUGCUCCUGUGCAGGUGCUGCAGGAGUAUGUGCGCCUAGUGGAGGACGUGGAGACACGGUUGAAUCUUGCCACCAAAUACAAGUGUCACGAUGUUGUCAUUGAGACUUACAAGGACCUAAAGGAUCGCAUCCAGCUGACAGCAUAUAAAUGCAAGGUGGAGCGAGGCUCUGCAGAAGAAGAGAAGAUAAACAGCAUUCUCAACAACAUGCAAAUCCGAUGGAAGAACUGAGCACCUGUGAAGCGACUUGCUUGGUCAUUGCCAUGCCAGCGAAAGAGGAAACUGCAAAACUCAGUCCAGUGCCAACAGAGCGGCUCUGUUACUACUCAUUGCAUGAUCAACACUUGUCAGUGGCAGUGGGUGCCUGUGGCUUGUGGGACAGUGGCAUUCAGGCUAGCUGAACACAGCUGCUUCAGUGUAGCCUGGUACUGAUCCACCAGGGUUGAUUCUUUUUGGAAUCUGAUUCUCUUUGACUUGGCUGUAAGCCAGGCAUUGCUUUUGUUUACAGAGGGAAGUUGCUGGGCACAAGAUUAGCAUUUGCUCUAGGUGGUCCCUGGGCUAAUUCUCACAAGAGGAACAGGUCUGUCACACUUGUCAUGUCACCACCAGACAGUGCUGACCUGUCCCUGUAACACUCAGGCUUGGGCACCACCAGUCAUGACUAUGGUUGGAGUCAAGCCUACUGGACUGUGGUCUCCCUGCCUCAAAGAGUGUAGUGGGGGAAAGGACCAGCUCAGCUGCGCCUUUAAACCUCUUUUUUGGGUUGGUUGUCUGUUUUUUUCUUGGUUCAUUCUGGCUCACCCUGGGAAUAGAGGAGCUGUGUGAAUUCCUACAGAGAGCCAGGACAGCAGCCUCUGCCAUUAUCCUUGUGCUGUUACCUGCAGCACUGGGAAGAUCACUUUAUCCGGGAAGAACAGGCACCUAGUGUGGAGCUGAUCAGAGCCCUACUGGGUUGGAUGGAGAGCAAGGAGGGACCCUCUCAGUAGGUGCAAAGCUGCUUGCCACUGCAGCUCUUUUCUCUGAGAGUGUUAUGCCAGGAAGGAUUGAACUGCGCUUUCUUAGAAACACAACUCCUCAGGAAACUGCUGGCUUCAUCCUUCCAGACCUUGAUUCAAUUCCUUAAAUAAAGCUGUGUCUGUUUCUC